CGCUGCGGAAGGUCUCGCGGGAAGUCCCCCGAGAAGCGAUGAUAACCGGGGCCGAUUAUGCUCGGUGAAGAACCCGUCGUCACGCGCGCGCGGCCCACCACCGCGCGGAAUCGGCCGUACGCAUUCGUUAUUACGCGGCCACGACGUAGGGACCGGAGUCGUGUCACGCCGCUCGCCGUAACGUAAAUAACUCUCUCGCGUGUCUCUCUGCGCGAACCGCGCUUUUUCUUCUCGUGCACUCGCUUCUGAAAAGAAGAUACAUCCUGUAUUUCGCAGCGACGAAAGACAGAAGCACGAAGAAGAGACCCUUCGACAAAGCGCAAAGCAAUACCUCAUUAGUAAUAUAGCACAUAUUGCUUAUAAAUUUUCCGAGACACGUGGACAACAAUUGCGAUAAUUGUUGUAUUUGUCGCGGGACGACGAAUGUGCCGAGCGGAAUUUUCCCUGUCGACGAAGAGAGGUGACAAUAAGUCGCGAGCGCCAAUGACGAUCUCCCGCAUCGACGAGCGGUCGGAUCUGACGCGGAAGGAACGGAGGAUCAAGAGCGAUUCCAGCAUGGGGCACUGUAAGCAGCAUCCUACCGACGAGGGCGACGUCGACAGCUGUGUCAAGCGACUUCGUGGCGACGGGCUCGUCGUCAGGAUGCACUCGAAUCACCGUGUCCUGGAGAUCACGGGCGACGGCUGCUGGAUCGUUCUGUCGAAGAAUUCCGGCAGCGUUCACGUCGUCGGUGACGGUUGCAAGCUGCACGUGUAUCACAACGUGGGCGAUAUCAAGUACACCGGCGACGGAGGACAAGUCCUCCUCGGACCGGACUCUUCGAGAGAAAAGGUGAAAUUCGUGGGCGACGGCGGGAGGGUGAUCCUCGACUCGUGUCCCGAAACGGACCCGAAGAAAUCCACGAAGGAACGAAGGAACAAGACAGCUGGUACCUACGCGCGAAGCUUUACGUGUCCGUGUAAGGAAAUUAUUAAUGACGUACCGGAACGCGAGGACGAUCACGAAAUAUCGAAUCUGGACAACGUCUUGAACGACAUGAAGGAGAGGAGCCUGCAGGGGAAGUACGGGAAGCGCAACGAGGAAACACGGAAAUCCUUGCGGCAUCCGACCGUUACGACGAUCAUCACGAAGAUCCGAAGCGACGGUCAAUGCGUAACGAAACGCUUCGGCGAUUCUUCGCUGAUCGUUAAUUCCCGCGGUCGUCCCGUGACGAAAAGUCGUGUGCCGAGAACUUCGGCCACGAAUGUCGGGCUCAAGUGACGUAACCGGAGUUUCUUUGGGUGGUGCUAUACCGCAGAAAUGUCUCUUCAGAGAGAACCUAACGGACGGCGAUCAGCAGCUGGCUGCACAUAAAUCUGCGGAAAGUUGUUAUUUCUCAAAUAUACGAACUAUCAGGAAUUAUUUUAAUUUUACUGAACAUUUUGAGGAAGCUUAUCGCGACGACGUACGGCGUCAUUUCAAAACAGAUGGCUCGGAAGUACAAACUACUAAUAAUUACUUAAGACUUUGUUAUCGAUUUUAUGGUAAUACGUUUCUUGCUUUUGUGAUAUUUUUUAUUUAUUUAUUACCUUAGGAAAAUAUCUCUACAUAACACUACAAAGUUCCCAUGUCAUUAUCGUACAGAAAUAUGUUCAUCUUCUUGUAAAAUAAAUUAUUUAAAAGGAAGUUA